AUGGAAGUGUAUGCUUUUAUUUUGGUAGUUACAUUAUUGUUGUUAGGAAUUACUGUUUCAAGCUUUGGAGCAUUACUAGGUGAAAAGUUACCAUCAAAACAAACACAUUCUAAGGUUGAUGAAAAGUUAAAACUUCUCAAUAAACUCGCACUUAAAACCAUCCAGACUGAAUAUGGUGAUGUUAUUGACUGCGUCGAUAUCUAUAAACAAACUGCUUUUGAUCAUCCUUCUCUGAAGAAUCACACCCUUCAGAUGAAGCCAAGCUUUUAUCCGACAACUAUGAGCAAAAACGGGUCAUCGAUGCAAGCCAUGUCUCAAAGUUGGUGGAAAAGUGGAAGUUGUCCGAUGGGUACAAUACCUAUUCGAAGAAUCUUAAAACAAGAACUACCUAAUGCUACCUCUCCUGAAAAUUAUGGAAGGAAAAAUCCAUACAUUGUUCAUUCAAAUAAGAGUACGAUAAGACAAGAAACUAACAAGGCACAUGCAUUUAACUUUCUCGACAAAAAUGGAACUUCAGAUUUUCUGAAUGGAACAUCAAACAACCUUUACGUUAAUCGCUCGACUGCGAUGCUAAUAACUGAAGGAUAUAGUUAUAUAGGAGCUAAAGGAGAUAUCAAUGUUUGGAAUCCAUAUAUUGAAAAGUCAAAUGAGUAUUCGACAGCUCAAAUAUGGCUUGUUUCUGGUUCUCGCGAAGGAAUGGAGAGUGUCGAAGCCGGAUGGAUGGUAAAUCCCACUUUGUACGGCGAUACAAAAACACGAUUCUUCGUAUAUUGGACUGCUGAUGGAUCACAUACGACGGGUUGCUUUGAUCUCACAUGUACUGGGUUUGUACAAACAAACCAUGAAGUUGCUCUCGGUUCUCCAAUUGAACCAGUUUCCAGUGGAUUUGGUCCUCAAUACGAAAUAUCAAUUUUUAUCUUUAUGGAUGUAAACACAAGCAAUUGGUGGUUACUGUUAAACCAUAAAGAAGUAGGAUAUUGGCCAAGUGAACUAUUCGUGUUACUGAAAGGAAGUGCAAAAGUGGUUCAAUUUGGCGGUGAAGUGUACUCCGAAACCAUAGGUAAAGAAGGAGUGAAGCACACAUCAACAGCAAUGGGGAGUGGAGGUGAUGCAAGGGACAUGUAUACUGGUGCAGCUUACAUUCAUCAUGUCCGAAUCAUCGAUUAUUCUUUAACAGAAAAGUACCCUGAAUGGGUGAUGGAGUAUAUGGAUGAACCUUAUUGUUACAGUGCUUAUAACUAUGUUCAGUACAUUAAAGAACCUGAAUUUUAUUUUGGAGGUCACGGUAGUCAUUGGAACCCUUAUUGUCAAUGA